GUUAUGUGUUGGCUCUCGUCACCGACGAGAUGGCUGCAUUCAGAGCAGAUCAAUGAGCAUUGGAACACAGCUGUCUGUGAGACCGAAAGACUGGUCGAUAUGUGUAAAGUCAAUGACUGUGAUAUAUUACAUGACUGUGUGAUAUUACGUGUACUGUGACUUCUAAAAGAUAGCAUUGCGCAUUAUAUUGUAAUUAUUAAAUCCUGCAUUUAAUUACUUUAACAAUGUAUAAAACUUCUUUAUUUUGAGUUAAUUGUAGCUACUUUGUAGGAUAAUUGUAUGUGGAAUAUUUCAAGAAUAUAGAAGAAGCACAGAAAAUAAAGAAAAUGGAUGCUUUGACUAAUGAACAUGAAUUGCUAGCACUAAUAAUAAAAUGUGUUAAUUUUGCUGCAGAAAAACAUCGAAAUCAAAGAAGAAAAGAUGUUGAUCAAACACCAUACAUAAACCAUCCUCUAGGAGUUGCAAACAUUUUGAUUCAAGAAGGCAAGGUUUUUGACUCGAUAGUAAUUCUAGCAGCGAUUUUACAUGAUACCGUGGAAGACACGGACACUACAUUUGAGGAAAUAGAAAGAGAAUUUGGACGUGAAGUUUGUCAGGUGGUUCGAGAAGUAACUGAUGAUAAGACAUUGCCCAAAGCCGAACGUAAACGAUUGCAAGUACAACACGCUCCUCAUUUGUCCCGGGAAGCAAAACUUGUAAAAUUGGCUGAUAAAUUGUACAACUUGAGAGAUCUCGAAAGGAGUACACCCAUUGGUUGGACAAAUGAAAGAGUGAAGGAAUACUUUAAGUAUAUCUUAUUUACUCUAGUGGGCAAAAGCCGUUGUACAUGGAUGUCGUCAAACAAAUUCCAAUUUGGAAAAAGAGCUAGACAAUCUAUUUGCGCGCCACAUAACUCGAUCCGAAGAAAAUUCCUGAACAGAACAGUCGGUAAAAAUAUAAAUGCAGUAAAAAAUAAAGACCAAUAAAUUCGCAAUGUAUUGUACGUGAAAAAUUGUUGUAUACAAAAGUUCUAUAUAGGACAUACAAACAUGUAUUUACAAGAAACAUUUUUUCUUCUUUAAAUGUUUUGUUCAAACUUGAUACUUUUAUAAUCGAAAAAAUAAUAAAAUUAUCUUUUCGAGUA